GAUAAAUUGAGAAGGCGAGAAAAAAAUAAGUGUAGAGAAGCUAACGCCUGUUUAGCAUGAUGUACUGACAGUUUCGCAGGCUGUUUGAUGGAGGACAACACGUCUGGCUGAUUUUAGGAAGGAAAGGCGUCCACAAACCUGGGCCUGCACUUCCUCCAUCAGCCUCUUCAGGGCGGAUAUGAAGAUGUAGCCAAGAGUGACGUGGUUCAUCUGGUACCCUGGCUGUCCCCGCCCACAACUCCUCACCUCCGUCCAAAACCUGGAGAUCUUCCCCCCCUAACCAGGGCACAGUGUGAGAGGCUCCGCCCCCUGGUUCGGCCAUGCUGUUCUCUCUGAGGGAGCUGGUGCAGUGGCUGGGCUUCGCCACCUUCGAACUCUUCCUCCACCUCCUGGCCCUGCUGGUCUUCAGCAUGCUGGUGGCGCUACGAGCCGACAUGUUCACGCCGUCGUUAAACUGGUGGCUGGUGUUCGUGCCGCUGUUUGCCGCGGACGGCCUCAGCACCUACUUUACGGCCAUCGUCUCCAUCCGCCUUUACCAGGAGAACGAGAAGCGCCUGGCGGUGCUGAGGCUCCUGUGGGUGCUGACGGUGCUCAGCCUGAAGCUGGUGUGCGAGGUGCUGCUGUGCCAGAAACUGGCCGAGCAGGAACAAGCCAGAGACCUGUGGUUCGGCCUCAUUGUGUCGCCGCUGUUCAUCCUGCUGCAGCUGCUGAUGAUACGAGCGUGUCGGGUCAACUGACGGCCUCGCCUCGCCGACGAAUCACCCACGAGCAGAGAGCAAUCUUCAUCUGCCAUUAGAGAUUUAAAGCAUAACCCUCCCUCCAUGUUCAAGCACACUGAUGUCCCCCUUGAAUUCAGAAUGUGACAGUGUUCCCAGUUACACACGAUCAUCGUAACGGUAUUUUCCAUUUAGAUCUCCUGAAUCUGAGUUGUCAUCUGAAGGGAUCAUUUUCUGAUUAAAACAUGAAGCAUGUGCUGGUAUUAUUUGAGCUUUAGGAGCAUUCUGUGGUCAUGUAUACAGAGCAUUCACAAUGUGUCUGAGAUCAGACUGUACUGUCUUUUUCAUCUAUUUACAGU